AUUUUCGUAGUUUGCGUCGAAAUCGUGUCGUCGGUGUUUGAUUACGUUGCUCGUUGUGAUUCAUCGGGCUAUAAUCGGUUCAAAGAAUCUCUAGUGCAUAGUGAUAGUGGCGCCGGGCCGGCGUUGUUAAAUUUCCACCUAACCGGAGUUCGUGAAAUUGUUACUCGAAAUGAAUCCAAACCAGCAGCAACCAGGAGGACCAUAUGCCCCGUACGCACCGAGUUAUGGAUAUAGCGACUCAAAAGACAACACACAGCAACCACCCUAUGGCGCUCCGCCCUACCAGGGCGGAUAUCCGCCUGCUGACCCCAGCAUGGGGUAUCCGCCGAACGCCGGUGCCUAUCAAGCCCCGUAUCCACCGCCAGGAACGUAUCAACAGCUGUCCACUGGUUAUUGGGGAUCGCCGUAUCCUCCAGUAGCACCAGGAUACGCACCGGCACCGCAAAUGUACGCUCCGGGGCAAGCAUACGGUGGUGGCUAUGCACCGGUAGUCGUCCAACCGGGUGUCCCGGGUCAACCGCCCCCCGUGAUGGGCCAACCGAUGCCACCAGGUGGCUGGAUGCCUAUUCCUCAAGGGAUACCGAACUGUCCGCCCGGCUUGGAAUACCUUACUGCCAUUGAUCAGUUGCUGGUGCAUCAGAAGGUGGAGCUGCUGGAGGCCUUCACUGGCUUCGAGACGGCCAACAAGUACACGAUCAAGAACACGCUCGGCCAGAAGGUGUACUGGGCCGUAGAAGACACCGGGUGUUGCAACCGAAUGUGCUGCGGCGCGGCCCGUGCCUUUGACAUAAAGAUCCUCGACACGUACCAGAACGAGGUACUGCACUUUAACCGUCCGCUGCGCUGCAGCUCCUGCUGGUUCCCGUGCUGUCUGCAGACGAUGGAAGUUACAGCUCCACCCGGCAACGUGAUCGGUUACGUCGAGCAAGACUGGUCGAUCCUGACGCCCCAGUUCAGCAUCAAGGAUCAGAACGGAGAAACGGUGCUGAAGAUCUCCGGUCCGUUCUGUACGUUCAGCAUUUGUGGUGAUGUUGAGUUUGAGGUUCUGUCUACCAACGGGACUCAGGUAGGCAAAAUCAGCAAGCAGUGGUCCGGACUGGGCAGGGAAUUGUUUACCGAUGCGGAUCAUUUCGGUAUUAACUUCCCGAUGGAUCUGGACGUUAGGGUAAAGGCCACACUGCUUGGUGCGCUGUUUCUCAUCGACUAUAUGUUUUUCGAAAAGAGCGGUAACAAAGAACAGGACCGUCCGGGAAUGUUUUAAAUCGCGAUAUUUCAGCGUGUUUUGUUCAGAAAACCUUAAGUUUUUUUUGUCCGAGUUGGAACUCUUAUGCUUACGGUAUUUUGCCUUCCAUAUUAUUACCUUUACUGAUUACCGUUCAUACGACUCGCUUCCGAAAACCCAAAACCCCAGUGCCUGGUGUAAACGUUCCCUCCCGGUGAAAGUAACGUGCAACGACCGUAAAGCAACAGCAUCACAUGGCCAUAAACAUUCUACAAACGAGGUAGAAGAAGAAACUUACACAAAAACAACCAGCACAUGCACUACAAGCGCACAUUAUUUCACUUUACAAUCAAACCAAACGAAAUGUUAUCCAUUCUGCUCUGCGCAACCGCGGAUUGUGGACCCUUAAGAGUUGAAUCUUAUUCGAUAAACUAUUUAUCCCGUUGGUGGUAGGGCGCGUACCUAGCCCGAGUACGUUCAUGAAUGUUUUUGAUAGGUUAUUAUACUGUGUGGAGAAAGCAAAGCAAAUCUUCGGAAGAAGAUGACUGCUCACACUAGACGAGCUGUGGAUACACCGGUUAUUGGUGUCAUCCGUAGUUUAAGGUCCGUACCGUGUUUGUACUGUUCUUCGUACUGUUGUGGCUUAAUAAGAUAAUAUAUGUAUACAUCUGCUAUAACUCGCUGCCUGAUACUGUUUACCUCUUGUAGUUGUUUACUAUGCAACAACAGUAGCUUUAAGGACUUUACAGUUUGUCAUUCGAUUGAAAUCUUUAAAAAUUGCCACAAGGGCUUCGAGGUAUGCAAACAUUUAAUAACAUUGAAUUGAAAAAAGUGUUUCGAUCGGAUGGUGAUUUCGUGACGUGCCAUUUUUCAAAAAUGCCGCGGAUGUAUUGCGUAACCUGCAUUUUAAAGGUCCACAUGGCCUAAGUCAGAUGCAGCGGAAGCUUUAUUUGUCUAAAUUUACCAGUACGCAGCGCUGGGUCAUAAGUAAACGACAAUGAAACUAUGAAAAAUAAAGGUCUAUUAUGCAU